AUGUUGGCUAAAAACUUGGGCGCGGCUGGACUUGUGUCCCUGCCACUUGUGACGCCGACUGUGGCUACGCUCCUAUACGUGGCAUCGUAUGCCGGCACCGUCACGACGCUAAACCUGACCUUGUCUAGCGGCUACAACUCGUCUGCCUCUCUUGAGGCUAUCUCGACAUCAACCGGCUGUGCAUCCAGUCCCUCUUGGCUGACCCUGGACACCUCCAACUCGAUCCUCUACUGCACUGAUGAGGGGCUGUCCACUCCUUUGGGGUCCCUUUCGUCUUUCCAGACCAGCGAGGACGGCACUUUGGUUCAGCUCGAUCAGAUCAGUGUCAUCUCUGGCCCAGUCAGCGCAGUCAUCUAUGGAGAAGAUGGAGAUGGCUUAGCUCUCGCCCACUAUUCCGGUUCUAGCUUCAGCACGUUCUCUAUAGCGGAUCCCUCUGCGUUGCAGGCGGUCCAGAACCAGACCUUUGAGAUGGCAGAGCCUGGUCCAAACGCCUCUCGACAGGAUGCUCCUCACCCGCACGAGGCUAUACUCGACCCCACGGGAGAGUACAUCCUCGUCCCAGACCUUGGCGCGGACCUUGUCAGGAUUUUCCAGGUCGACGAGGAUAGCCUCACCUGGACUGCCAUUGAACCCCUUGUGGCCGCACCCGGGUCCGGUCCCAGACACGCUACAUUCUUGGUCACUGAGGACACUACUUACAUGUAUCUCAUAAGCGAGCUGGCCAACACCAUAACGGGUUACGAAGUCGAGUACGAGAGUGACUCUUCAUUGGCCUUUACCGAGUUGUUUGCCAUCAACACUCACGGUGAGGGAGCUUCAGUACCCAACGGAACCACGGCUGCAGAGAUCACUCUAUCGCCUGAUGAGAAGUUCCUCAUUGUAUCAUCCCGCGGGGAGAACUCCUUUUCAAUUCCCAACUUUGACCCCAGCAACAGCACCGAAAUUGUGUCUGAUGCCCUCAUCUCCUUUUCGGUUGACCACAGCUCGGGAAACUUGACACUGGUCCAGGAAUACCCAGCUGGCGGACGUAUCCCGCGCCAGUUUUCCAUCAACGAGGCUGGCAACCUGAUCGCUGUCGGACUUCAAUCUGACGGUCGUGUGGUUCUCAUUGACCGCGACGUCAAGAGUGGAUUACUGAAGCGCUUCAUCGCCAAUGCUUUGGUCGAAGGAGAAGUUACCACGGUCAUUUUUGAUGAGUAA